AUGUCGUAUAACAAACCAUACCUUGAAAAUUAUCCUGACGAAAAUGGGUUUUUCGGAAAGUUUGGAGGCUCUUACGUGCCCCCAAACAUUCAGGAACAAAUGGACAUUAUCUCCAGGGAAUACCAGCGUAUCAAGAACGAUCCUGAGUAUCUUGAAACAUUGGACAAGAUUAGAAAUGAGUAUCAGGGAAGACCUACUCCCAUUUCUCAUGCCAAGAGGCUUUCUGACUACCUGGGUGGGGCUCAAAUCUACUUGAAGAGAGAAGAUUUAAAUCAUAUGGGUGCCCAUAAGUUGAACCACUGUCUCGCUGAGGCCCUUAUUGCCAAACAAUUAGGAAAGAAGAAGAUCAUAUGUGAGACUGGUGCUGGACAACACGGCGUUGGUCUAGCUACUGCCGCAGCAUUUUUUGGGUUGGACUGUGAUGUCUACAUGGGAGAAAUAGACAUGAUCAAAGAAGCUCCAAACGUGUCCCGAAUGAGGAUAUUGGGUGCUCAGGUGAUUCCUGCUUCGCACGGUCUCAAAUCUUUGAAGGAAGCUGUUGAUGAUGCUUUCACCGCUUACGUCUCUACUGCUGAUGAAACCAUGUACUGUAUUGGAUCUGUAGUUGGUCCACAUCCUUUCCCCGCCAUGGUCAGAGACAUGCAAAGUGUAGUUGGUAAGGAGGCUAAGGAACAAUUCGCUUCGAGACCAGAAACUGGUGAUCUUCCAGACCAUGUGGUUGCCUGUUGCGGUGGCGGUUCCAACGCUGCAGGUAUCUUUUCGGCUUUCAUUGAUGAUGAAUCUGUUAAGUUAUAUGCUGUUGAGCCUUGUGGAACUGGUGAGUCUACUAUUGGUAAACAUGCUGCAUCAAUCUCAUAUGGUUCUGAAGGUAUAAUGCAUGGCUUCAACUCUAUCAUGCUUAAAGAUGAGAAUAACGAGCCUGCUCCAGUUCACUCCAUUGCUUCUGGUUUGGAUUACCCAUCAGUUGGGCCAGAACACGCAUUUUGGUCUUCUAUCGGUCGUACCGAAAAGAGUGCUGGAGCUACUGACAAUGAAGCUGUUGAAGCUUUCUUCAUGCUGUCCAAAUUAGAAGGUAUCAUUCCAGCCUUAGAGUCCAGUCAUGCCAUCGCUUAUGCUAUCAAGCUGGCCAGGACUCUACCAAAGGAUCAAACCAUUUUGGUCAAUCUAAGUGGUAGAGGUGAUAAGGACUUGGACUAUGUUAUUGAAAAAUACCCAGAGAUGGUAGAUAAGAAGUUUGUUUAA